AAGAAGAAGAACCGGUGGGAAAUUUGAGAUUGUGCGCGAAAUGAUUGUUGUUGUUCAAAGCAAACAUUAACCGUGAGUUUACUAAUGUUAACACGACAUGGACCGGUACGUCUUGGUUAUAUCCCUUUGUGAUACUGAUGACGACCUGGCGGAGGUGACUGAAUGUCUGGAGCCAGUAAAGCAGAUAUAUGACAGACUUGUGGACAUAUCAACUCAGGAAUCAGUGAGAGGGAUCUCUGUGUUUCCAGCUUGUUCUCUCAGUGGUAGCCCUUCAGUUCAGAGGUGGUACUUUGCUGUUCAGGCAUGCCAAGGCGUAAUGCAGUUUUGCAGCUCAGACUGGGAAGAGCUGGGGACAGGCCAUCAGAAAGCAGACAGUGAGGAGGAGCCGACUGCUUUGGAAUCAUGUCUCAGUUCUCUGAGUAAUCAGGAGGCACCAGACCAAAAGGGUGACGAGCCGUCACUGACAGAGCUGUUAGAGGAGGCUUCAGAAGGACUGCAUCUAUUGUCAGACAAGCUACCACCUCCAGGUAAAGCCUUGUUAGAUGUGCUGGUGUUGGCCUCUGCAGAGCAGUCCCCUCCUAUUAAAGAUCUGCUGCCUCUGCUGGGAGCACUAAAACACAUGUCCUGCUGGCAUGCUGCUAAGAUCACUGUAGUCACACAGCACACUGCUGGAUGGCAGAAAGCGGCGUCCUACCUGAGUGCGGGCCUGGUGGAGCCUGGUGACCUAGACAGCUGUAUUGACCACAGAGAAUUAUGGAGGGGUGGCCUGGUUAUCAGAGAAAAGAAGUAUGUGUCGGAGCUCCGUUUUGAUGGCUUUUCUCUGCGCAAUCCGGUGCAUCAGAUAUCAGGGGGCAGUUUGUUGCAAGCUCCCUACACCACUACAGACCAUAAACUACAGUCUGAGGUCUUCCAUUACUACGCUCCGGUUUUAGAUUUGGUUCAGCUGGUUAAUCUGUCAGACCUGCCCAUCUUUCUGAUGUCCAGAACCCAGUUUGAACUAAGCAUCUCUGGGAAGUCAAUGAAAGCUAAACUUCUGUUGGACCAGCUGAGGUCACUGUGUGGAAAGGUUGGAGCGCUGUUCAGCCUGUCCUGUAUAAUAACCCCCAUCAUCCAGCCCGCAGCCAGCCAACUCAGCUCCCAACGCUGGAGAGAGUCUAUAGCCAGGAGACCAAAGUCCUUACCCAGCUGCGCAACUGUAGUGCCUGACGUAGAGGUGAAAGGUGAGAGCGCUCACUACUUCCUGUUGGUCCAGGGCUCAGACGACGUUGGUUGUGGCACCUGCAGGGUCAGGAUGUUGCAUUCGGACAGUCAGAUCAAUGGAGCAGCUGCCAUGGCGACCAUCUCUGGCUUGCUGAGAGAGAAGUCUCUGUCAUCAUCAGGAGGAUUUGGAGGCAACAUCCUCUGCCCUCUGCCCUGUCUCCAAGGAGACAGCCUGCUGAACAGAGAGAGGAAGGUGACCCAGGUCCAGACACUGGUGCUCAAAGAAUAUCUCAGGCAGAAAGAAGAAGCAUCGGCCUCAACCUCAAUACGCGUCAAUGACUUAAAGGUCAUUCUGAGUCUGGCCAGGGAGCAGUACCUGAAGAUGAUUGACUCCACUCUGCCAUCUGUUGCCACCUGUCUGACAGACGAGCAGGAGGGCAUGGCCGCCAAAAGCUCAGGUUUUCAGACAGUUACCAACCUGCAGCCUGACUGGCCUGAGAGGAGCGUCCUCCACAACAUGGAGAACCUGCAGAGGAGACGACAGAAGACGAGAUUUGGUCUGUUAGGCCCAGGCUCCAGUGACAGUCUGCUGGGACCUAAAGAAAGUCAAAAGGCCUCCUCUGCUUUAUUGGAUGCCAAAGAACUUCUAAAACACUUCACGUCUGAUGGCCUACCUACUGCGGAGCUGCAACCACUCGCGAUCAACAGAGGUAAUAAUGUGUUUCAGUUGUCACCAGACCUUUCUCCCAGGAGAGUCAGCCAGAUGCCCUUCAACAAAGCCUCAGCCUCGCAUUACCACGGCAUAGAGUUCUGCCUGGACAACCAGCGGGCCUUGGACAGAGACCAGGCCUUUGUAAAACUCCAGUCCCGUCUGAUUCGAUACGAGACCCAAACCACCUGCUCCAAGGAGCCCUGUGCCCUCCCCUUCGCUCUCAGCCCCGCCCCCUCCCCUGCUGUGAUGUCAGAGCCAGGAAGUGUGCCUGACGGAGAGACUCUGCAGAAAGCUGAUGUAGCUCGACUCAAGCGCAAGUCGUGGGACACAGAAAUUAUGGGAGGUUUUCCUCGAAAGAGGCUGGUAAAGUCAGAGAGCAGUGACUCCCUCUGUUCUCAGAGCAGUGGCAGCAGCGGGACACACCCUGCCAUUAGGUCUCUUCGACAACAGCCAAGCAGAUCCCAGUCCACCUCCUCCUCUAAUAGCCCUGCUGCCUCUUCAGUAGCAAGACACACAUCCUCAGGUUUGGUGACUCUUCCCUCUGCUGACAAACCUAAGCCCCAACAGCAGAAGACGCAUCAUGUAGAAAGAGAGGACAAAUCUGCCAAAGAGUCACGUUCCCAGAAACACAACAGGAUGCUGCUUGACGUAGUAGCUAAAACCCUCAAACACCACGGGAUCACUGCCGAGCACGAGUGCUUUGCAGCCUGCAGCAAGAGACUGUUUGAUAUCUCAAAAUUUUAUCUCAAGGAUCUGAAGACAUCUCGGGGUCUCCAUGACGAGAUGAAGAAGGCAGCCAGCAGCAACGUCAAACAGGUCACUGACUGGGUGUUGGAGAAGACCUCAAAGAAGUAAAGUCAGUCUUGAAGAUAAAUGUAUUGAUUACGUGCACUGAGAGGCUACGAGGGCUUCCAUGUUGGCUUCAGACUGCAGUCGUUUAUUUUAUGGCUAAUUCAUCUUUGUUGUACAUUAUACUGUUUGUAACACAAUAAAGUGUUUUUUGAAUCUUA